CCUCAACAGAAGAGUCACUGCUGAGGUAUUUCAAGCGGGCAUCGACUGCUCGAAGACGCAUAGAUGUUGAUAGUAUGAUAAGGUUCCUAUUACUGGGGGCUGCUCUACUAGGAGUAGGGUAUGCCCAGAGUCGACAGACUGUCAUAGACAACCAGGUCGGGUACAAGCAAGAAAGAGCACCGACUUACUUGGUUAUUGCCCCUAAAAGAGUUCGACCUAAUCAGGUUGUACAGAUUUUUGUGACGAUUCUAAAACUGGAAUAUUCUAGAAUAAAUGUGCGUGUAUCAAUCACUCGUAAAAACGUGGAGUAUGCUGGCGCUGCGCUGACGUUCGACCAGAUUGGGAGUCGUACCAUGCAGCUGCAUAUGCCACAGAACUCACAGACUGGAGAUUACAAGCUGCGAGUGGAGGGAACAAUCGAUGGGGGAAGCAGUGGAAAUGUUUUUGAGAAUGAAACCUCAAUAGAGUUUCACCCCAAACAGGCAUCCCUGUUUAUACAGCUCAGCAAGCCCAUCUUCAGACAGGGCCAGAAAGUUUACUUCCGAGUGGUGCCUAUCCUCCCUAACUUGAUGCCGAAAUAUGGAAGUAUGACAAUAUAUGUAAAUGAUCCCACAGGAUUCCCUGUGCGUAGAUGGCUAGCAGUACAGACCAAUGCUGGAGGUAUUUUAAGUCAGAAUUUCCAGUUGUCUGACCAACCUAACUAUGGAAACUGGUCUAUACAAGUGGAUGCCUUUGGCUAUGUGUAUUACAAGCAUUUCCUAGUAGAAGAAUAUUGGGAUCCAAGGUUUGAUGUCAAUGUGACCGUGCGCCCAUACAUCAUGGAUAAUGUGGACACUGUUGGCGGUGUCAUCAACGCUAAUAUGACAACGGGUAAGCCUGUGGAAGGAAACGCCUCUGUGUUACUGACUGUGCGUCCUCCGCCAGACCCCCGCUAUGAGAACACUGAUGUGACCAAUACCAACCCUGCUCUAUAUAACCCUAUCACCAUUACACAGGUGUAUGACUAUGUGAAAGGUCCCAUUGCAUUUAACUUUAAGAUGUCUGAAAUAUUGGAGAAAGUUCAUCGGUACUGGCCUCAAUAUAUAGGCUGGUCAGCCUUGACUGAUUUUGAGCUCCAGUUCAAUGCUUCAGUGUAUGAUUGGUUCUAUAGUAUGACUAAGGAGGGUUCUGCCAGUACUACCAUCUUCAGCUCGCGAACUCGUCUCCAAUGGAUUGGAGACCAAGUCCGAACGUUUAAACCGGAAACAGUGAUGAAUGUACAGAUAGCCGUGAUGAGGUAUGAUGGUACUCCUGUGUCAUCUUCCAAAUACGUCCGCCUCACCUUGGAGCCUCGCUACAGUGGUACUGGAAAUUCACCUAUCUUUAUAGGCUCUCAAUUCAUGAAGACACCUGUCAGUGGAAUCGUCAAAUUCUCUAUUCCAGUCGAUAAACAGCUUGUUGGCCUCAAGUUAACUGCCACAUAUGAUGGUGACCCCAAUACUGAAAUAAAACUGAUGGCAACAAGAUUCUACUCGCCUAGCAACAGUUUCAUCACUGUGUCAACAUCAACAGGUUCUCCAAAGAUCAAUGAAUACAUGAUUUUCCAUGUGAAAACGAGUAACUACAUUCCUCGGAUUUAUUAUCAGAUUGUGGCUGGCAGUAACAUCAUUGUGGGUGAAGAGUUAGAGAUGAAGUCACGUCGGAAGACCUUCUCCAUCGCCCUGUCCAAGGAGAUGGUGCCUACUGCUCGCAUUGUGGUCUACUACGUGUCUGGUCAGCCAGAGGAGAUAGUCAUUGACACACUUACCUUCUCUAUAGAUGGAAUGAAAUCCAACCAGGUUGGAGCAAAGAUAAAUCGUGGAAAGGACUUUACUCGAGACACUGUCGAGAUCAUGGCGACUGCUGAUCCUGGCUCUUAUGUAGCGUUUGCUGCUAUGCCUAGUGAUUUGUACACUCGAGGUAUUAAUGAUGGACUCACAGAAUACAAUCUGGUAGAUGAGUUGAACAGCUAUGACGCCCCAGCACGAGGCAGCUACCAGCAUCUGUGGCGACUCAGUGAGACGGAGUACCAGUACAAAUUCUUCCUGGCCCAGGGUUAUGGUAUUGACAGUUUCACCACCUUCCGGGAUUCCGGUCUGCUAGCUCUUUCUGAUGUCACCAUCAACAGAGUACCAAACCAGUGUGAGUUGGAGCCGGACACCAUUCCAUGUUUUGAUGGGACAUGCUACCAUAAAAACAAGACGUGUGACAACAACUUCGACUGUCCAACAGAUUGGUCAGAUGAGGAAAACUGUCCAAAGGAAGAUCCACGUUUUAACAACAAGACAACGAAUAUAAUUAAUCGCGUGAGCCGAGUUCUGAGGUUCUACGAGGACAGCGGAUGGGCCUGGAAGGAGUAUUUCACAAAGCCUGAUGGAGAGGUUGAUUUCCGUGUCAACGUUCCUAAGUACCCGCUAGAAUGGGUCAUCAAUGGAAUUUCUAUGAGUCGAAAUCUUGGACUUGGAUUGAUGCCUAAACCUCUGCGGUAUGAUGCCACACGCUACAUGUACAUCAUUGUGGAGUCAGCAACACACAUCAUCCGAGGAGAACAGAUUGGUGUUCGAGUUACUGUUUUCAACUACUGGUACAACUCCGACUUCAUUGAGGUGCUAGUAACUAUGGAAGGAUCUCCGGACUAUGAUUCUGUCCUGGUAGGAGAGGAAGGUUUUGUGACAUCCUACAGUCCCACACGACACAAUGGCGACCAUCAAACCAUCGUCUUUCUGGAACCCGGAGAGUCCAAAGACAUUCUGAUGCCCAUUGUCCCGAACAUGGUCCAGGGUAAUUUUACGUACACUGUCAGUGCAUGGUGUUUCCUGGAGCGUGAUACCGUGACCAAACAAGUCUACGUCACGGGUGACGGUGUGCUCAACUACUACCAUACCCCCUGCCUUAUAGACAUGAUCACCUACGGCUCCAUUAUCAUCCCUGACCUCAAGGUCAACGUGUCUGACCAGUUUAUCACACCAGAACAGCGUUACCAUAACUACGUCCCUGGCUCAGGUGUAGGUCACCUCAGUCUGUUUGGUGAUGUUGUGACCCCUGGCUUCUUUGUUGAUUAUCCGACUGCAGAAGAUAUCAUGUAUCGACCGUACGGAGCAGGAGAAAUGAAUAUGUUUAAUUUUGCAUUUAAUCUUAUCACACUUAAAUUCAAGAAAGCAAACCAACAAUUACCCAAUGACAUUCUAAAACGGACUCUGCACUACAUGAACAUUGGUUUGCAGAGGCAGUUGAGCUACAUGAAAGAAGAUGGAUCCUUCAAAAUGUUCCGAGAUGACAACAGAUCAAGUAUCUGGCUGACAGCAUUUGUGGCCCAAACCCUCCACGAGGCGAGAUUUGGUGAAUGGGAGAAAGAUUUGUUUAUCAAACUUGAGCUCAUCAACAAAAUUGUGGUCUGGAUUUGUGAAAAACAGAAUAAUGUCACUGGAGAGUUCUACGAUAAUCAAGUUCCUGUGUACGAUAGGAACUACGCUUCAAGAAGUGAAAUGAUGGCAGCCAAACUCACAGGCCACCCUGUUCCUCUAACGGCAUAUGUUCUUAUAGCACUGUAUAAAAUAACGGAUGUCUCAGAGGAAGCACAAAGCUGUAUCGAUAAAGCCAGACAGAGAGCAUCAGAGUACUUAUCUACUAGAACCUCUGAGAUUGAGGCCAGCAAUGAGAUCUUCCACAUGGCCAUCACAGCGUAUGCGCUUUCCCUCAGCCAGCAGAGAAGUCGCACCAUAUUUGAUAAGCUGUGGGCAAAGCGAAAGAAAACCGAAGAAUUCUACUUUGCGGAUGACACUGUUCGCCAAAAUCCAUCUGAUUUCGUGAACACUGUGCGGUACCUGUUGCCCAGAUUGGAGCUGAUGAAUGAUGCACAUGCAGUUCAGAGUACAGCAUAUGCUCUCAUGGCACAUAUCAAUCAUUUUGGAUCUUCAUCUGGGGAGUACAAAGUACAACGAGACUCCAUGAUGCGAUGGCUGCAGACCAUGCGUAACUAUAUUGGAGCUUUUUCUUCUUCUCAGGACACUCUGGCUGCCAUGGAGUCCCUGUAUGCUUUUACACAGGUUGACCCUAACAGGAACGUGUUUGAUAUGUUCAUGGAGCUGGAAUCAUCCGCCUCCCCCGAGUGGAAGAGGCUGAUGAUGAUGAACAAACACAACUACACCAACCUACAGGAAGCUUUCCUCCCUAAGGUGUACGGCCAAGUUAGAGUGACAGCCAAGGGAACGGGCAGAGCUCUCAUACAGCUGACAACCACUGUGAAUGUGGAGUAUGCCUGGCAGAUCAAGAACACAGUAGACAGCAAACAAUUUUAUCUACUGGACCUCGACUUACUACAGUUCUCCGGGAGGAAUUUCUCCACAAUGGAAAUGGUACCCUGUGUCAGCUGGAUAUACACUCAGAAGUCGAUGACCUCUGGCCUAAGUGUGCUAGAAAUUGACAUGCCCUCUGGUUACGUGGUAAUGAACGACACUCUUCGAAGCCUUGUGUUGAACAAGACCGUGAGAAAUCUACAACGUGCUGAAUUCUACAACAGAAAAGUUGUCUUCUACUUUGAUUUUUUGGACCAGAGUCGGUCGUGCGUGAGAUUUAAGGCCCAUCGUUGGUAUCCGGUCGCUAACAUGACUAUCCAACACAAGAUGCGACUCUUUGACUACUAUGAACCAGGUUUCCAUAACACUACUAUGUAUACGACGUACAAUUUAUUCAAUCUCAACAUCUGCUACGUUUGUGGAUCCUACCAAUGUCCUUACUGUCCAUUCUUCAAUGUGGCGACCGUCUUGAAGGCUAGCUUUACCAUGGUGACACUGAUAAUGGGAUUCUUCCUCAAAAGAUACAUGCUGCGGGUGACGUAACAAUGGAGUCCAAAUCUUUGUGAUCUCUCGCGUCUCUUAUCAUGUUAACUCUCUAUUAAGAUGGAAAGUGAGACAUUCAGUUGGUUAGAAUUCAAGAAGGAAUCAAAGACUUCAUCUUUGUCAUCAGCAAUAAAUGUAGGGAUUAAGAAUCGUAUUUAAGAUUGUUCUAAGCAUACGUCGUAUUGUUUUUCAGAAUUAGACAGAUGCUCACGUAUGAUAAUACAGGUGUAGAUAUUAGCAUAUAUCCAUCAAAAAUUUGUUUUCAUUUUUAAAAACCAUCCCUACAGAAAACAAAUUUCUUAACGAUUAUUAUAAAAAGUGUCUAUUAAUCUAACGUGCCAUUCAAAACUUGUGUUUAUGUCAUGUACAGAAAAAAUAAGACUUUUUGUGUAAAAUAACUGCAGAUGUGAUGAAAUAUUUUGUGUUGUUAAUUAAAUAAGCCUUGUUAGCAAGGUUUAUUUCAACAAGCCUUGUUAUAUGUCUUGCUAGCUAUAGGCUUACUUUGCUAUUAGACUGAAAUGUCUUGAAACUACGUAAAAAUGAAAAUGUUCAAUUUCAUGAUUUUUUGUUUUCUUUCUGUUUCUUUCCAAUGGUUUUCUGUUAUGUAAAUGAAUUUUUUUUUUUUUUUUUUUUUAUAAUGAAAAUAUUUCUUGACCCAAUAGCAAUAUGAUUUUCAAAUGAGUUUUAACAUCAUUGUAAGUGUUUUAUUUUGUGACUUGCUAAAUAGUUGUUUCUGUUAUUUCUUAAUUCAUGUCAAACUUGUUUGAUAACUGUGUAUAAACAAUUUUGUACAAUAUGUAGAUAUUACCAAGGAUGUAAAUAUUUUGUAUAAUAUGUAUGUAGAUUUAUCAUGGAAUAUUUUUAUAUCAAAUCAAGAAUGAGAGUACUGUAUUUGCAUGGAAAUGAUGAAUUGUUCAUUUUUAUUCCUCAAAGAAAAAACAUAUCCCUCCUUUGAUCUAUGUAUGAGGAUUUUCCACAAAUGAAUGCUUGAUCUUUUAACAGUGUAAAUGGAGUUGUGUGUUAUUGUAGUAUGAAUGUAUGAUUUGUUUUAAAUGAAUGGAGAAAGUAAUAAAUAUCAAAUCAGAAUAUGGAGUACGAUAACUAUAAUCUGAAGCUGAGUAUAAAAAAUACAUCGUCGAUAAAGCUUCCAUCUCUUCUCACUGGCUUUCCUGUACAUGAACUUACACCAUUUUUUUCUGUUUAGGAUCUUCAUAAUAUUAAGUUUAAAAUGUUUUAUUCAGCUGAAGUCUUCCUUUGACAUUUUAAAAUAUUUCAUUUUUCAUUUGAAUGAAAGGCAGCUUGUAUAUACAUCAUAUGAGAGAGGAACGUCCAUAAAAUUUACAAUUUAAAACAUUCCAAUCAUUUUCCCUGAAUAUGUUGUAUAACAUAUUUUUCAUCAAGUGCUGAUAAUAUUUACAGUAGAAUGAUUUUGGUUUAUUGGUUAAACAGUAAGCAGGUUAUAUUAUACAAGAUUUCAAUGGUGGGGAAAGAUUCCCUAUCAUCCCCAAAAAAAUCUCUGUAUUUUUGUCACUCUUUGUACAUAUAUCUACUAUUUCAGGCAUACAUCAUCCACACUAGAUUUUGAGUGAUUUAACUUGUUUUCAUUAAAAGGAUAUAUUUCAGGGACGCAUAUAUCUACAAAGGGAAUCCAGAGCUAUUGGAUUGAGGAGAUUUUUUCUAUCAUAGUAUAAUGUAUAGCAAUGCUAAUGUUUAGUCAAGACUAAAAUUCAACUAUCGGAUGUUUGAUUAUGGCAAUUUAAACGAACAUCUUUUUUAUAUGCAUUUUUAUAAUUAUGUAAUUUAAUGAACAUUUUUAAAUGUUUGAAUGUAAUCUGAUUAAAACAUAAAUAUGAUACCGUCUUCUUUAUGUAGUUAUGGAGAAACAUUAUACACUAGUUUGAUAGAUGUGAUUUACGCCAUGUGUAUAAAAGAUAAAUAUAUUUGGAAAUUUACACGACGAUGAAUGUAUAUAGAUAUAUUUCGGAUGGUAUCAAAUGUUAAUUUACCAAUAAAAGACAGAUAAUUGGACUAAGAUUUAUUGACCAUUUACUAGGAGAUAUGAUGAUAAUCAUCUACUUUCAUUUAAAUUUUCUGUGUACAUAACGAUGUAAAUGAUAUAAUUCACCUGUUCUACCCUUGAAUACCCAGAGUCAAACCAGCCCUCUAUAAAUAUCCAUACCUGAGCGUGUUUGACUCUGGAUGUCCAACAGGUUUGCUAUUUGUCUUUGUUAAUAUAUCCAAGGUGACAUUUAUAAAGGAGACUAGCUCACAAGAUGUCCAUUGUUGGACAGCUAUUUGAUAAGAGACAUACCCUCCCCGAGUAAGUUACUGAUGUCAAUUGAUAGAUGACAAAUUGUCAUGCUAACCAUUUCCUUUUGUGAAAGUUAAAGUUUUCCUAUAUUAAUUUGCAAAUUAAAAUUUUCUGUAAUUAAUAUUCCCAGACAUACAUUUUAGUGUUUAUGGAAAUAGCAUCCUUUCAAUCUUGGAUUUAAUUAUACUUCAUAAAUAAAUACUACACUUAGCUCAAAGGAUCAAGGUAAAGUAUUAAUUUUACAGUACUUCAUAAAUAAAUACAAAACUUACCUCAAAGGAUCAAGGUAAAGUAUAAAUUUUACAGUAACUGAAAUGUUUGUAUAGAUAUUUAGUAAUCUAUAUAUCAACUGUAUAUGGCGACCACAAAACCAGUAGACACGGAUGUUUGUAACGGGAUAUUUUAUUUUGCUUCCUGGAUCAGAUACUGAAUGGGAAAAUAGACUGAAUAGUGUAAGCAGUGUCCUUUAUGACAGAACCUUCGAUAAAAUCAUACCAUCUGUAAUUAAGCCCACAUUUCAUUGUAGACUUGUAACAUACAUAUGUAACAAACGUGUAAUUUUAUACAAAAAGAAAAAUAAAUUUACCAUAUUUUCUACAUUA